AUGCGUUUCGCCAUCGCCACAGCCUUUUCUCUAGCUCUUCUCAACUCGGCCUCUGCUCAGCUCCUCGGUGGCCCGCUUUCCGUUCUACCAACAACGUCGCUCUUCAGCCCAACCGGCACCGGAAUCAGCUGCGCCAACCAGGGCAACGCGCUGCUCAACGCGAAUGCUCUGACCAAUGUUCGGUGUGGCGGUAGCGGCGGCUAUGCUCCCGCCCAAAUGAGCUGUGGCAACCAAGGCGACAAUCUUGGCUUCUCCCUCGCCAACAUCAACGCCCUCACCUCCAUUGAGUGCGCCAGCUACUAA